CGCCAGCUGCCGUCCCCGACACCCUUUCCCCUCUCUUCUUCCCACAGCGAGUUUUUCCUCUGCUUCCCUUUAACUUUUAUCAAGUGAAUGGCGGUGAAAGUCAGUGCCUCGACAUAGUUUCUGCUCCUUUUUCGUCUCGCCGGUGUGUCCUGAGUGAGUGGCCGGAGAAAUGUUCACCACCACCGGGUCGAGAGGGCUGUAUAAAGCCCCUCUGUCGAAGAGCCUGCUGCUGCUGCCUGGUGCCCUCACUAUGCUGCUGAUACUGGGCCUGCCUCAGUACCAGAAACUGUUUGUUUACAGCCUUCAGGCUGUGAAACAGCACAAACAGGUCUGGAGGCUGGUCAGUGGGAGGCUGAUCUGUCUGGACGUGAAGGACACUUUCUGCAGCAGUUUGCUCAUCUACAACUUCCGCAUAUUCGAGAGAAGGUUUGGCAGUCGUAAAUUUGCAUCCUUCCUGUUUGGAACCUGGGUUCUUUCUGGAUUACUGGACUUCCUUUUGGCGGAAACCUUUCAGUUCUGCUUUGAACUUCAGGUGGACGUGCUGCCAGCUGGACUGCUGGGUCCGGUCUUUGCUCUCUUUGUGCCUUUCUUCUGUUCCAUCCCUCGUGUUCAAGUCACUCAGCUGCUGGGCUACAUCUCAAUCACCAACAAAUCGCUCGUCUACAUCGUGGGCCUGCAGUUGCUGACCUCUAGCGCCUAUAUGUGCGUUGUUGCUCUUAGUGGAUUGAUCUCCGGCCUGCUCUACUAUAACAAUGCAUUAGCGGUGCAGCGAUUUCUCCAGGUUCCCCGAUGGCUAGCUCGUUGCUGCUCUGUCAUUCUGGAGCCUCUUUUCUCGGGCACGGAGCCACAAGCCGAGGCUCCAGUGGGCAUGGGGGCCACACUGGACAUCCAGCGACAACAGCGCAUGGACAUGCUGGACCAACAGCUGCUGCUCUCCCAGUUGGCCCAGUUCAGGAGGAAUGCACAGCAGCAGCAGCCACAGGAGGGAGGCCUGCUGAACUGGAACAGAUUUUUUCCUGGUCUGAGACACAGAGGUCAAAACCGGCCCCAUGUGCAGCCACACCUGCAACAGCCCGCUCAGCCACACCCACCUGACACUCCAGUGGCUGAGGAACAGGUGGCUAGACUGAUGGAGAUGGGUUUCUCCAGGGUGGACGCCCAGGAAGCUCUGAGAGCGUCUAACAACGACAUCAACAUGGCCACUAACUUUCUGCUUCAGCACUGAGGCCGUUGCUUGAGGGAAUAGAGGGAGGAAGGGAGCGGAGCUACAUCGACUAGAAAACACGUACAAAAACUCGUACAGAAAAACACGUACAGACACGUGAGGCGGCGGUGCCAUGACCACAGUUGUGUGGGGAAGUUUAGGGUGGAAGAAGGGAUGAACAGAAGGACUGGACUGGUUUGUAACUCUAAGGAGCCUAUGAUGUCACUUCCUCUCAGUCUAAUUGGACAAUGCGGAGCUGCUGGAGUUGCUAAAGCUGCUGUUUCCAGCGUGCUUCCAUGCUUUCUCUGUGUGACUUCAGCCAAGAAUGGUGCCAAGUUGACGGCGGAGGGUCACACAUGGUUAUCUCAGGGCUUUCUCUGGCCUCAUCUGCUCCUGGUUUCUGCCAGUACUGCAGUACACUCCUUCUCUGUAAGCCCAUGUACUGGCGUCUGCCUCAUGACAAGUGCAAAGCAAUGUGACUGAAGUCUUAAAAGGGAGACAUUAGUUUGUCAUACCCUGUGUUUGUUUGUGGGGAGUAUUUCACAAAGCAGGAUUUCUCAGUAAGACAGAUAACUUGGCAAAAGUGAGGAUAGUCCAGUAGGAAUGACCCUUAGCUCUUCUUCUGUUGGACAAGCUUGACUUUUGGUUCAACCUGUAGAAACUAAGAGCUAUUUUUGUGUUGCUGUGUUAUUUAAAUACAUGCAAAUACAUAUUAUUGCUGUCUUGGAGAAAAAGGUAACUCCACACUAGUAACUUUACAAGGGAAGGCAAAAGUAUUCUUUACAUUUAAUGUAAGUUUAUGUGAAGAAAUUUUAUUCCAAAUCAUUUGGAACACUUCUGUUGUUCCAUUCAUCAUGAAAUUUUACACAGUGUAAGGGGCAGCUGCUGUGUUUAAAUAUUAGAAAAAAUAGAGAUGUAUGUUUUUUGGGGGGUUUUGGCAGCGAUGAUAUA